AUGGCAGCAGGGAAAAUGAAUCUCAACAAUAUGAAGUUACCCAAGAUGCCUAAUGGUGGUGCAGGUUCUGCAUUGCUAAAGUUUGGAGCUGUUAUUGGUAUUGGAUUGUAUGCAGCUGGGAACAGUUUGUAUAAUGUUGAAGGAGGGCAUCGUGCAAUUGUCUUCAACCGUAUUGUUGGUGUCAAAGACAAGGUGAAAAUAGGGCUUAGGGUUCUUACAAGACCUGUUGCUGAUGAAUUACCUUCUGUGUAUCGAAGUCUUGGUGAGAAUUACAAUGAGAGAGUCCUCCCUUCAAUCAUUCAUGAAACUUUGAAAGCUGUUGUGGCUCAAUAUAAUGCUAGCCAGCUCAUCACCCACAGAGAGGCUGUUAGUAGGGAAAUACGGAAAAUACUAACAGAAAGAGCAGCCAAUUUCAACAUUGCACUUGAUGACGUGUCAAUAACAAGUCUUACUUUUGGGAGAGAGUUUACAGCUGCAAUUGAAGCAAAACAAGUGGCUGCACAGGAGGCUGAGAGGGCUAAGUUUGUGGUGGAAAAGGCUGAGCAAGAUAAGAGAAGUGCAAUCAUCAGAGCUCAGGGAGAAGCAAAAAGUGCCCAACUGAUUGGUCAAGCGAUUGCCAACAAUCCAGCAUUUAUAACACUCAGAAAAAUCGAAGCUGCUAGAGAAAUAGCAACAACAAUGGCUAAUUCAUCCAACAAAGUCCUUUUAAACGCUGAUAAUCUUUUGCUAAAUCUUCAAGAAAUGAGCCUCGAAAAGAAAUAA